AUGGCAAAGGGGCAAAAAAAAUCAAAAGCACGCCCCUCUGCGUUUCUGCGAUGCCUCCCCCGGGCCGCGCGGGGGCGCUGUGGCUCCGCCGAGGCCCGGCUCGGGGUGGCGCGCAGCGUCGCGCAGGCUGCUGGGGACCCUCCGGGCGGCGGCGGCGACGCGCGGGGCGGCCGCGGCUCUCCCUCUGUCACCCUGGCCCUGCUCUGCUUGGACGGCGUCUUCCUCUCCGCGGCUGAGAAUGACUUUGUGCAGCGCAUCCAGGAGGAGCUGGACCGCUUCCUGCUGCAGAAGCAGCUGUCAAAGGUACUUCUUUUCCCCCCACUCUCCAGUCGCCUCCGGUACUUGAUCCAUAGGACAGCAGAGAAUUUUGAUCUUUUGAGCAGCUUCUCUGUUGGGGAGGGCUGGAGGAGGAGGACGGUCAUCUGUCACCUGGACAUCAGGUUACCCAGUUCAGAUGGACUCUCUGGCCCCUGCCGCCCUCCUGCCUCCCACCCUAGCAAGUACCAAGGUCCUCGGCCCACCUCAAACCAGGGAGUGGCUGCUGGUCCCCGAGGAGCACGGGCCGGCCGGUGGCAUCGUGGACGUAAGCCAGACCAGGCUUUGUAUGUGCCCCGGGUACUGCGCAGGCAAGAAGAAUGGGCACCACCCCCUACCCCAAGGUUCAAGGGAGAUGCUUCAGCUGGUGGCCUCCCAGAAGAGCCUGGAGAUGUUGGUGUUGGGGACCCCAACUCUGAUCAGGAACUCCCUGUGUUGAUGACUCAGGCAACAGAGGAGCUGAAGGGCCUAGGCCAACAUUAUGAGAAUGAGCAGCUGCUGGACUCAGUUGGCACUGAGCUCCCGGGCCCUGAGAGCCACUCAGGGACAGGAGACAGGUUGGAGACGGCCACCCAGCUUGCAUCCAGUCUGCAGCUGGGUUUGCAAGAGGGGAACGGGAGUGAGCUGGAGAAGAGCCUGGCAGCAGAGGAGGAAGAGGAAGAGGAGGAGGUGGCAGAGGAGGGGCCUGGCAGCUGCGCCGAGGAUGACUGCAGUGACCUGCUGCAAGAGAUAACAGACAACCUGACGGAGAAGGAGAUUCAGGUAGAGAAGAUCCACGUGGACACGUCCUCCUUCGGAGAGGAGCUGCCUGGAGAGAAGGACUUCGCCCAUGUGGUGGAGAUCUAUGACUUUGAGCCGGCGCUCAAGACUGAGGACCUGCUGGCAGCAUUUUCCGAGUUCCAGGAGAAGGGGUUCAGGAUUCACUGGGUGGAUGACACGCACGCACUCGGCGUCUUUCCCUGCCUGGCCUCAGCUACUGAAGCCCUGACCAAGGAUUUCUCAGCACUCAAGAUCCGGCCCCUCACACAGGGAACCAAGCAGUCCAAGCUGAAAGCCUUGCAGAGGCCAAAGCUCCUGCGUCUGGCAAAGGAGAGACCACAGACCAACACAGCUGUGGCCCGGAGGCUGGUGGCCCGGGCCCUGGGGCUCCAACAUAAAAAGAGAGAGCGGCCUGCUGUCGAGUCUCCUACCUCCUUGAGGCCCUGAGAGGCCCACAAGCCUGGAUGGGCACCCUCAGGACUAAGCAGGUACCCGAACACCACAAGCCUUUACGGCCACCAGAACAGCCUGCGCCAUCAUCAGAGCAUCACUGUGGGGCGUGGGGCGCUUUAGUUUGGUCUAGUUCCAGAGUCAAGAAAAAAUAAAGACUUGAAUGUUGUUAUAA